UUAACAAACAAUCUAAUCUAAUAGAGCAUUAACUAUUGCAAUUAGCUUUUGCUAGUUGCUACAGUAACCACUCUUGUGCAACCCAAACAGUGAAACACAACGAAAAUGGCUGUUUCAUCAUCUUUAACCUUAACAUCCAGAACCCCAAGAAUCGCUGCAACGCAUAGUAGUUUCCGCGAUUCCCAAAUCACCCAUCUCAGAUUCAACUUCAUUACCAGACCUUCCCCUCUACGCGCCUUCAUUCCCCUCACGCGCCAACCCACACAGCACCGCCGCAACAACGCCACCGUGCAAUGCCUCUUCACCGGCAUCGUCGAAGAAAUGGGCACAAUCAAGCAACUGGGUGUCGCCUCUCACGGCGGUUUCGACAUGAAGAUCGAGGCGAAGACCGUUUUAGACGGCGUCAACCUCGGUGACAGCAUCGCCGUCAACGGCACGUGCCUGACGGUGACGGAGUUCGACGUCAAAGUUUCCGACUUUACGGUGGGGCUGUCACCGGAGACGCUGAGGAAGACUUCUCUGGUGGAAUUGGAACCUGGGUCGGUGGUGAAUCUGGAAAGGGCGGUGACACCAACGAGCCGAAUGGGUGGGCAUUUCGUGCAGGGUCACGUGGAUGGCACGGGGGUGAUCAUAUCCAUGGUUCCAGAAGUUGAUUCAUUGUGGGUGAAGGUGAAGGCUGAGAAGGAUUUGCUCAAGUAUAUUGUGCCUAAAGGGUUUAUAGCUGUGGAUGGGACUAGUUUGACUGUGGGGGAUGUGUUUGAUGAUGAAGGGUGUUUCAAUUUCAUGUUAGUGGCUUACACUCAGCAGAAGAUCGUGAUUCCUUUGAAGAAGGUUGGGCAAAAAGUGAAUCUUGAGGUGGAUAUUGUUGGCAAGUAUGUUGAGAGGCUUCUCAGUAGUGGUUUUGUUGACUCCAUUAGAAGUUCUUAAUGAUGCCCUCUAAGGAUUGAGGCAGGCAUUCGGUUCAUCUACCACCGACCCCAAUUAACUUGGGUUAAAGGUGCUGUUGAUGUUGGUGUUAAUGUUGUGGGAUUGAGGCAGGGAGUGUAUAAAGGCUCGAGUCUCUUGAAAUCUAGUGUGUUCCUGUGCAUAUAUCUUCAUGUGUAAUAAAUUCUGUAAUCUGUAGACUGGUUGUUCCAAGAAUGAGCAUGAUGAUUGUAACUCAUACAAGUCUGACUGACUACUAAAGAGUGAAAAUUUGUUGAGUGACUUACAAGUUACAAUAGCCAUUAGCAACUUUAAUUGGUGGAUCUCAGGUACAGCAAAACAAUAAACAUCUUGAAUUGAUAUGUGAUU